UUGUGUUUGUAUAUAUACUUUUGUUGUUGUAUUUUAAAAAUUCAUAACAAAUGUAGGACAGUGUAAGUGUGACCAAGCCUUCCUUGAGCGCGAUUAACUUCCAGUAUAAUAAUUUAUAAUCAUUAGCUAGUUUAAAUACGGCCGAGAACUGUAUUUCUGUAUGGCUUCCUUUUGCCGGAAAUAUCUGGCAACCCGCUCCACUUCACUAGAUGGCGACGACAGGCUCUGUAAAAAGUGGACGUGAGCUGUGGGAGGCUGUGUCUCAAAUAGCGCCCUACUUGCUACUUAGUGCACUAUGUAGGCCGUGAAAGUACAACUUUCACACGGAUAUCCAGCAUCACAGUGACUCCGCUGGAGGUGAAGGAUGCCACUGUUUCGUCAGCUGGAGGCCAGGCCAGAGAGAGAGAGGGAGAGGGAGAAGCAGAAGCAGAAGAAGAGGAAUCGCAGACGUGAGUGCAGCGAGGAGGACGAAGAUGAGCCUUCCUCUCUGACCCGUCUGUGCCUCCUCAGCCUGGCGGAGAACAUGAAGGACGUGUGGGUGCAGGACUAUGCGCAAAACUACAUGGAUCAGUACUUCUUCAGGUACAUCAUGGGUCCCUUUAGCUCACUGCCAGGUGAUCUGUUGGAGGAGCUGCUGUGUGUUCUGUCCCGGCGGACUCUGCUCUCUCGCGCAGCGCUGCACCUCCUGCUGCUCCCGCAGCUCCACAGCCUCUCGCUCUCGCACUCCUGCAACCUCGUCACCGCCAACCUCUGCAGCCUCAUCUCAGCACGCUGCCAGUCUCUGAAGUCUCUGAGUCUAAGUGGAGCUCUAAAUGUCUCAGCGCCAGCCUUGUGUGGUCUUCUGGGCAGCCUGUCCUGCCUCCGCUACCUUUAUUUGGCUGGAACUCUGUGUGACCGUAGUGUGAUGGCUACGGUGGCUCAGCAGUGCCCAGCACUGAAGCACCUGGACGUUUCACGUUGUGUCCACCUCCACCCUGCUGCCCUGCUGCCCCUGGCCCAUAGCAGUGGGCUGAAGGGCUUGACCAACCUGCUGGCUCUGGAUAUCGGUUUAGAAGAGAACGAGGACAAUGGGACGGCCUCGGCCGCCUUCCUCCUGCUUGGCUUGCCUAGCCUGCGGCAGGUAGCUUUAGAUAAUGUGGGCCAGGCUUGUACGAUGAUCUGCAAGCAGGAAUUCGGGCUAACCGAGGGGUUCACCAGCAAAGAAGGAGUGGCCAGUCUUCAAGAAUUAUGGGCCAGGAGAAUUCAAGGUGGAGAUGGAGAGGAGGACAGCUUCAGUCUGGAGGAAAAGCUGGACAGAUCGCUGCAUUUAGACAAGAGCAGGGCUGAUGGAGUAAAUUGGACGAAAAGCAGUCAAGAAACGACUGUGAAACUGGGCAUUCGUGAGAUUCAAAGCGUUUCACUCAACAGUCUGGACGCUGUUGGACAGUUAUGUCCUGGCCUUCACUCUGUAUCUCUGAACUGCCAUGAUGAAGAUGAUGGCGGUUAUGAUGAAGGUUCAGGUUUCAGGCGGACGACGCUUUUAACCAAAGGUUUAGCUACAUGGUCCGGUCAUUUGUGCUGUCUCUCCCUGCAGUUCCCUGGCCCUCUCUCUGAGUUGGUUACUCCUCUGCAGGUCACAGGGUCCAGCCUGAUCUCCCUCACCCUGGAAGGAGUCCAAGCUGAUGGACACCUACCCUUCCUGGACCUUAUCAGUGCCUGCCCCAAACUGACCUCUCUCACCAUUCACGUAGACCCUCCUAGGUCGAACCAGGAAGAGGAAGAAGAUGAUGAAGACUUAGAACACUUGAAUUUACCUUGUCUUCCAGACCUCAGAUCUUUAACACUGAAUUUCUCUUUGGACGAGAGGCAGCUGAAGCCGGUGCUCUGUUGGAGGUCCCUGAGGGGUCCGCUCUGGGCCUUGCUGAGAGGCGCUCCGCAGCUCCAGAAGCUGUCUCUAUUGGCCACUCCCUGUCGGCUGGAUCCUGUGUUCCGGUUGGUUCUGGAUCACCACAGCAAGCCACUCAACGCCCCGGACCAGCUACCACUGAGAUGUCUCAGACACAUCAGCCUCAAGCGCUCUGAUGUCACCAUGGAGACGACAGCUCGUCUUGUGAACACCUGCCAUCGCCUGUCCACUCUAGAUCUGAGCGGGUGCUGGUCCAUGACCCUCAGCAAUGUCACUAAAUUACAGGGUAAAGCCAGCAGGAGGCGCCAUAAACUGCAUAUAACUUGGACAUGAGACAGUGGAGUCACUGUAUUAGUAAUAAUGGCACUUUAUUACAUUCCAUGUACCCAGCCACAAUAAUUUCUUAUGCAGUUGGAUAUUUUAUUAAUCUUAAAUUUAUCUUUUCGAAGAAACCAACAACUAUUUGUUUUAUUGAAGUUUGCACUGUUAUAUCAAGUUAAGCACUGCUAUAUCAGAUGGAUACGACUUUAUACGAGUAUGUUUACAUGUAUUGGUCUUUUUAGUCAGACAUGCAGAGGUAUGUAUGCAGUUUUGUCAUGUAUUCACAUUUCCAUGAUUUGUUGAUUUAUCUGGGGAAUUUUUGCCUUUGAUGAGCUUGAUGUCUUUCUGAGAAGUGGCGGACUCUGGGGAAAAACGAAAUGAGGCAACAGUGUAUAAAGAACAAAUGCCCGUCAAUAAACUUUGCUAUGGUUGCACCAGGUUUAGCCAACAGGGUAAUUUGGUUGGCUUGCCAAACCCUGAA